AACUUAGAGGGACUAGCCAUACAAACUCCAACCAAAAAAAGCAAAAAGAAAGAGGCGAAGUUAUCAAAUCAAAAACCCUACUUCCUCCCUUGUUGUUCUUCUUCUUCUUCAAAUCCGCCGUAAAUCUUUCUAAAACCCAAAAAUCUAGAGUGAUGGCAAGCACUACUGUUGAACCCAAAUUGGAGAAGAAAGAAGAGGAAGUAGAAGCAGAAGUAGAAGAAAACCCAACUGGCGAUGAUGAAGACACUGGUGCACAAGUUGCUCCCAUUGUUAGGCUACAAGAAGUUGCUGUCUCCACUGGUGAAGAAAAUGAACAUGUUCUUCUUGAUCUGAAAUCAAAGUUAUACCGAUUUGACAAGGAAGGGAGUCAAUGGAAAGAGAGAGGUGUUGGGACUGUGAAGCUUCUCAAGCACAAGGAAACUGGAAAGGUUAGGCUUGUGAUGAGGCAAUCCAAGACGCUGAAAAUCUGUGCCAACCACUUGGUCCUUCCUACCAUGUCGAUCCAAGAACAUGCUGGGAAUGAGAAGUCCUGUGUGUGGCAUGCUGCUGACUUUGCUGAUGGAGAACUGAAAGAUGAGACUUUUUGUAUCCGUUUUGCUUCAGUUGAGAAUUGCAAGGCUUUCAAAGAGAAGGUUGAAGAAAUUGCUGAAUCUCAACAGACAAAGUCUGGAGAAAGUGAAGAAGCUGGUGCUGCUGCUACUGAACUUAUUGAAAAGCUUAGUGUUGAAAGCAAAGAUAAAAAUGACAAACCUGAAGACAAAGAGGCCCCUGCAGCUACAGAGGAAAAGGAAGAUAAGAAGGAAGAGAAUGCUGAUGAAAAGAAUUAAAAUGUUUGUAUUUGUCGGUCAGAGUUCUUUUUUUUUUUUUUGAAAGGUUAAUAGCAUUCGUUGUUUCUGUCUGAUCCUAUAGAUAUGAUAGAUAUAAGCAAUGUGUCUCUUGUGGUCUUAUUUGUUGUUGUUGGGAUGGUUUGGAUUUUCAUUUGGGUCUUGAGUCGAGUGCAGCUUCAUGUUUUAUUGUGGUCUUUGGUGUUUCCUUGUACUUAUUUAUUGUGUGUUUGCAAAUUUUGGUUCAUGGGGGUAUACACCACCCAGUAGAAGGGAUUACGUUUGUUAAAACCUUUAGCACUGUUACUGAGAUCAUUUUUGAGUUACAGU